AUGUCGUCACUCGACGGACGGGAGCGCUCAGAUGCGCCACGAUACCUCGAGCCUCCUGCUGUAACCGCUCUCCGGGAGGAGGCUCGGAAUGUUGCUGCUCCCGCCCCAAUGGAACGAUCUCUCAGCCAGGAUAUCAGGGAGGAACGCGAGGAUUUGAAAGAAGCUGCUGAACACACGCUCAACGUGAUUGUGGAUCUGGAUCUGGAUGGCCGCAUAAAAUGGGUCAGCCCCUCAUGGACUGAGGUUAUCGGAACUGAUGCCCAGGAGGUCGAGGGGCAGCUAAUUCACGACAUUGCUUUGGACAACAAAGACGUCUUUAAAGAGGCUGUGCAGUCUAUGAAGGAAGAUGACUCCAAAAGUAAAAUUGUGCGAUUUGAUGUUCGCCUGGGCCCUUUGUCGGUAUUCUGGCAGGAUAGUAAGUUGCCAGAUGAAGAGGAGGAAACCUCAGCCUCUGAUGCAGAAAAGACGCUACAUGCACAGGAGUCUGCCGAGCAGGAAGAUGGCAACAUACUAAGCCUAGAAGGCCAGGGAAUCAUGGUCUAUGAUAGAACAUCUGGUGGCAGUAGCCAUACUAUGUGGAUGCUUCGGCCAUCUACUGAGCCUCGAGAAGUGACGAUAGGUCUUCCUCCACUGCUCGUUGAAUCCCUAGGCGUCGGAGCUGAAGUUCUGGCCAACUAUCUCAACGUUCUGGCUGAAGUAGGGAUCAGUGAUCCUGCUCACCACCCGCCCCCUAUGCCCGUCCUCUGCCGGAUAUGUGAGAGGCAAAUCACGCCCUGGUGGUUUGAGAAACACUCAGAACUUUGUCUGCAAGAGCAUCGAGCAGAGAUGGAUGUUCAAAUGGCGCAGGAAAAUUUGAAUGAACACCGUCAUAGGAUUGUCAAGGUUCUCGAUGCCCUAGAAGCUCGCAAGAGCAGAGACAGCAGUCCAUUCGUCGGUCCACAGGCAGAGUAUAAGGGUCUGCAGAUUGGUCCUUCUCCGGCUUCUACCUCUGGCCUUGUCUCUGGUUCAUCGUCCUCCUCUGGUACUCCUCCUCGCUCUCGCGACCCGUCCACUUCCGGACUAGGACACUCUCGUGGACGGUCCUUCGCCGUGAGACGUCCCUUGGCCCGGAUUGUGGAACUGAUCUUAGACCUCUGUGACACCGCACUAGAGAUUAGCACGCCGGCCCUCAAAGAAUCACGGACGGAUAUUGGGGAUGAAGUCAGGACACAAUCCCCUCAGUCCGAAUCACGGAUUUCUCAGGUUCUUCAAUGGCAGUCACCUAGCAAUCACACUCUAGAGCAGGAGAAGGGUCUGGCCGCCUUAUCUGCUGAUACCGAGGAGGUCGCCCGUGCAAAGGUCGACGCCGUCUUCAGACAUCGGCGUAUCGUUGAAUAUGCUGAGCGUAUUCGAAUUGAGUUCACCGUCAUAGUUGAAGAGUGUAUUGCUGCGUCUAUGGCUAAGGCUGAGCGUAUCGCUACAGGCAACCUCGAAAGUUCAAGCUCUUCCUCUGACAUAGAAACUGCAACAGAAGACCAGGAGACCGGUAGUGUGCCUCAAGUUACUCCUCUAGAAAGAACCCCUUCUAUGUCUGCAAUGUCCGUCGGUAGCACUGCUCGUUCCUUAUCAGGUGAUCGGGGACUUCGACGUGCUCUCGAACGGACACCAACAACUCCCAUCCCAAUCUCCACCCGUUCCAGCAGUCCGAUGGAAUGCCCAACACCGCGUUCCUUCAAGAGCUUGGGCAGCUUUGUCAACCCAUCUCUCUCGAAGCGCGGGUCUCUGCUUGCAGAGAGAGAAAGCGAUGCAGCCGACAGUGACAGCAGCAUUCUCUCCUCUGUCUUGUCCGAGCGUAGGACCCAGUCUCCUCUCUCCGAGCGCGGACCGAGCCGAGCUGCCAGUGCAAAGGACAAAAAUCGCCGCAGCCUUAUUCUGCCCGGCGUUUCAUCGCCUCGGAGGCAAUCCCCUGCUCGCAAUAACCCCCCACACUCUCCAUUAAGGUUAUCCAGGCCACGAUUCCCAGUCGGAAGCGAGAACUUACCAUCGCCGUCUACCUCUCCACAUCUAACAUCGACCGAACUGGCAGCUCAUGGCCAUGCACAAUUUUAUCCCCCUCCUCAACAUCGUCACCACCAUAGGCGCCAGUCGUCAGCAACCUCGCCUGAUGUUGGGAAAGCUCCAAUAUCACCACACCUGACCUCCGCCAGUCACCCACCUCCUCCUGCCGUUGCUCCAUCUAUCAAAGACUUCGAGAUCAUCAAGCCAAUUAGCAAAGGAGCCUUCGGAAGUGUUUACCUGUCCAAGAAGAAAUCUACCGCAGAAUACUUUGCCAUCAAGGUGUUGAAGAAAGCUGACAUGGUAGCCAAGAACCAGGUUACAAAUGUCAAAGCAGAGCGAGCAAUCAUGAUGUGGCAGGGCGAAAGCGACUUCGUUGCAAAGCUCUAUUGGACAUUUUCUAGCAAGGACUAUCUUUAUCUUGUUAUGGAGUACUUAAACGGUGGUGAUUGUGCUUCAUUGGUCAAAGUUCUUGGCGGUCUUUCCGAAGAUUGGGCCAAAAAGUACAUUGCAGAAGUCGUCUUGGGCGUGGAACACCUCCACAGUCGGGGUAUUGUUCACCGUGAUCUCAAACCAGAUAACCUUCUAAUUGACCAAAGGGGUCACUUGAAACUCACUGACUUUGGGCUUUCGCGAAUGGGACUUGUUGGCCGACAGAAGCGUAUCCAGAAGAGCCCUAAUGAUUCAGCCCCAGACUUGUUGAAACAGGGCCCAUUCACUCGGCCUGAUGUUUCUAUUGCGUCCUCACGAUCUGCGUCGUUUGAUUUCCCCGCCACGGACUCCCCCCACCAAACUCCAUUGAUCGUCCCGGAACCUGUGUUGACGCAGCCGUCAUACUUCAGCUUAAGCAAGGAACCUUCUUUAAGUCGUGAGCAUUCAAGAAGGGCAUCUGGCUAUCGCAGUGAUAGUGGGAGCAGUGACACUCUUAGUCAAAUGAUGAGAAAUUGCGCGGUUAGUGAUACCACUGGUUCCAACCCCUUGACGCCAGCAGCCUACCCGUCCCUCCAACAAUCAAAAUCCACAAUAGACGAGGAGAUACUCAGUGAGGGAAGCGACUCUCCUCAUCUAUUCCCUGCACAGCCUUCGUCGAGUUACACUGCUCCUUCAAUACCAUCACAGUUUGAAACUUCUCAACAACAAAUGGUGCCUCCACCAAUGGCAUUAUUCGAUCCACAAGACCACAAUAGAUGUUUCGUUGGUACACCUGACUACCUCGCUCCCGAAACUAUUAAUGGUACUGGCCAAGAUGAAAUGAGUGAUUGGUGGUCUCUAGGCUGCAUACUGUUCGAGUUCCUUUAUGGAUACCCACCAUUCAACGCUUCUUCCCCUGAUGAAGUUUUUGAGAACAUUCUUCAUCGAAGAAUCAAUUGGCCUGAUGAGGCUGAUGAACUAGUCUCACGCGAAGCCAAGGACAUCAUGGAAAGAUUAAUUACCAUAAAUCCUCAUGAGCGCCUAGGUGCCAAUAUCGAUGAGAAAUAUCCUAGUGGUGGUGCAGAAGUCCGUGCACACCCAUGGUUUUCUGAUAUCAAUUGGGAUACACUGUUAGAGGAUGAAGCCCAGUUCGUUCCUGCACCGGAGAACCCGGAGGAUACUGAAUAUUUCGAUUCACGUGGAGCGACUCUACAGGCUUUCAAUGAAGAGUUCGAGGGCCAGCUUUCGUCCCCUAGUUCUAGUGGUGACUAUCCCGACCGACCUCAUGACGCCCUUUAUAAGGUGAAGACACAGGUGAACUCCUUGAAACGUGGUCUGAUGCCUCUCCACAUUCCGCCUCAUGUGCGUGAUACUCGGAGCCGCCGGCUUAGCGAACCUGCACUGGCCGAUGACUUUGGAAGCUUUAACUUCAAGAAUCUUCCGAUCCUUGAGAAGGCAAACAAAGAUGUCAUCCAGAAACUACGACACGAUGCUAUGCAGGCUCAGCAACGCGCAGUUCCAAGUAAUAGUCCUGCCACACCCUCCGGCCCUUCUCUUGAAGGCAGCCCACUCCUACCAAUGCCGCUGAAGAGAACAAUGUCUCAAAAUAAGGCCAAUAACCGACCGGCGUCCCCAUCAGCCGCAAGCCUUCCAAGUUCAUCUUCCCCUAGUAGGCCCUCCCAACCCGGUUCACCACUGCUCGUCCAAUUUAGCACCUCAGGCCACCAUGAACGACGGAAAACAUCAGGUUCAUCAACGUUCUCACCACCUUCGGUUGGUUCUGCACCUACAAGCGGCGGUUUUGAACCCCCGCGGCUUUCUACCAAUCUGAAGAUCUCAACGUCAACUGCGUCUUCGCCUAUCAAGAGCAUGAAGACGUCAAUCUCAUCUGACACCCCCUCCCUGCAUCGUCAAAGCAGUGUGCCGUCCUGUCGAUCUAGAUCACACACGAUAGGUUCUCAAGACAGUGACCUGACUCCUGCAAAGGAGCCAUUUGUUCCAGGCCAUUGCAAGCGUAAGAGUCAACUUUGGGACAUUUCUCCAUCAUCCUCGGAUAAUGAAGAUCCUCGUGCUAAAGCAUUGCUAAAAGUUCAGAGACGAAGACAGAGCUCUCGCCGGUUAUCUCAAAUCAAUCUGGUGGAAGGUCCUUUCUUCCGGCCACUCGAUAUCUUGAUUUGCGAGGACCAUCCUGUCUCAAGAUUGGUUAUGGAGACGCUCUUUGAGAAGUUGCGGUGUCGGACUAUCACUGCAAUUAACGGGUCGGAAGCGAUGAGAUAUGCUCUAAGCGAGGUGCAAUUUGAUGUCAUCAUGACAGAGUUCAAGCUACCUCAAAUCAACGGAGCUGAUGUUGCUCGCAUGAUUCGGGAGACGAGGAGUGUUAAUACCCACACUCCUAUCAUUGCAGUGACAGGUUAUCUAAAAGAUCUUCCAGAAACACAUCAUUUUGACUCUUUAAUCGAGAAACCUCCAACUCUACAGAAGUUGACCGAAAUUCUCUGCAAGUUCUGCCAAUGGAAGCCUCCACCAAAGGAUGAUACCCCGAUGAUGUUGAAUCCGCCGUCGUAUUCUGUGUUGCGGCGAAAGUCUGGUGCACUUGAAGAUAGUCCUAGCUCUGGAUCUUCUGGAUUUGUUACGAUACCUACGGGGUCGUACAGAGGAUCUAGCCGAGAAGACUCGAUCGAUAGUAACAGCUUGGUCGGAGAAAUCGAGUCGACGAGGUCUGAUGAUAUCCCCGUCAUUGUCGGCCAUCGACCCAAUGAGAGCUGGGACCGGAGUCGGACUGGAGGGUUAGGUAUCACUGAUGAUGGCUCCGCUGCUAUCUCAAGACCUAUUGUGGCUGAAUACCCAUCGUCCACCACUCCACCCAGUCUUAUGCACGCAACAUCCGCGCCCGCCGCCUUUUCCAUGCCAGGCGUGUCUACUCCACGAAAACAUAGCUCUAUGGAAGGCAUCCGAGCUAAGCGAGAGUCGUUAGAAAAGAAACGAUAUGAAGGCGCUGAAUCCGGAGAUGAUGAAGAUGAAGAACUUGGUAAUACGCAAGUCCGUAAAAGCCCACAGUUUACCCCAGGGAGAACCCGGCGAUCUGGUUCAAAGCUCGGUACGGAAAUGAUGAGGACGAACAGUCGUGGCAGUGUAGUGAGCGUGAACGAGGAUUAUAUGAAAGAGCGAGAAGUGGAAUCCGAUACGCAGACUGCAUCCUCCGACACGGCUUCUACUGUUGUUCUUCCGACCUCUAUUGAGAGCACUAUCGAGCGCUUGCACAUAAAUGAAGAAGCCCUAGGCGUCCUUCCUGAGGAUCCCGAAAAGGAGGAAGCUUCGUCUAGCAGUACCCCACUAAGCAAGCCUGUCAUUAGUGGAUUAAGCCAACGGCUCUCUAAGGAGCGACCGGCUUUCAACUUGCAGCCUGGAUCACUUACUCCCUCCACCCAUCUCGCAGCAACUGAGACAGGCCGAAUAACCCCGCCCCUGAUAUCACCGGGUACUACGACAACUACACCUGAGCAUCAGACUGUCAACUUGGGUGAAGAGAGUGAUGUACAUGACAACAACGAUAUCACGCCUAAACCGCAUAUCAGCGCCAGCCAUCUUGGUGAUAAGGGAGCCGAAACUCCCAGUGAAGAGCCAACACCACGGGCAUCAGACCAAGCCAAAUUGCAUACCAGGGAUCGCGUCCUAGGCUGGAUGCGACGGUAG